AUGGUAGCACAGUGCAAACCCAAGGACAUGGAGCAUGUAGUCUAUUACCUCAGUAAGAAGUUGCUGUCUUAUGGGUCGAAGUAUAACAUCAUGGAAAAGACGUUCCUAGCCAUGAUAUGGGCUAUAAGGAAGUUGAGACACUACUUUCAGUCUUAUAAAGUGCAGGUUGUCAAGGGUAGGGCCGUAGCUGUGGUUUUAUCUCAAAAUGUGAUUGAAGGAGAUCACCCUUGGGAUAUGGAGUUUCUUGAUGAAAAUCUAGGGGCAAUCGAGAUCCAAGAGUGGAAGAUGUACUUCGAUGGAGUUGUAAAUGCAAGAGGUGCAGGGUGCGCCUUGUUAUCAAGGGGAUUGGAUAAUUCAAGUUCAAAUGGGACCAAAAGAGAAGCUAUAGUUUUAGAUCUGAAGAGGUUUAUAGAAAAUAAGGAAUAUGUAGAAGAAGAGAAAUUUAGGGAAAGAUACACGCUGCAAAUUCAAGAUAGGAAUUAUAUCAGCCAUGAGGGAAUCCUGUAUAAAAGAAUGGUGUCAGGUGCACAACUCCGAUGUGUGACAAAACUAGAAGCUCAAGUAGUGAUAGAGGAAAUGUACAAAGGAGUAUGCGGGCCUCAUAUGAAAGGCAUAGUGUUAACUAGGAAGAUCAUAUGGCAAGGUUAUUAUUGGUUAACAAUGGAAAGAGAUUGUAUAGCACUGGUAAGAAAAUGUCGUGAACACCAGCUGCACAAUGACCUUAGUCAUAUACCUUUGAUCGAGCUGCAUAAUGACCUGAGUCAUAUACCUCUAACCGAGCUACACAACUUAAUAUCUUCUUGGCCCUUUGCUGCUUGGGGAAUCGACAUCAUUGGUAAAAUUAAACCUCAUUCGAAUGGUCACAAGUUCAUAGUCGUAGCAAUUGACUACUUCUCAAAGUUGGUUGAAGCUGUAUUGUUCAACAGCGAGGGGGCAAGGCAGAUGGCCAGAUUUAUAGAAAGGAACCUGAUCUGUAGAUAUGGGGUUCCACAUCAUGUCGUGAUGGAUAAUAGGGUGUAG